CUGAAGGCUCAGUGCAGUCCGAGUGAAGCUGCAGCCAUGUCCCACACCUCUCACCCCAAACACACACGGUCAGCGGACCUGGAGAGUCUGAGGCGGAGGUCCACGGCCGACAGCUCAGAACUCCUGUGGGACCACGAGCCCAAAGGUCAUCGCCGGAGCUCCCAGUGUGACAGGCUCUGCGUGGCCGGCGCUCACCCUGAGAUGGUUGAUACUCCUUCGCCCUGCACCUCACACCAUUUUGGCCACUUCACACCGAAAUGCCUCUCCGCUCACAAACCCUCUGUUCACUCGUGGUGUGCUGAGGAUGCUUGGCAGGAGGCGAGCUGUAGGACCACCAUCCGUGCAGAGAACGAGGUGGAGGCUCACAAAGUCGCCAAUAAUUACAGGUUCGGCUUCAGGAAAUGGAAGAGCCAUGUUACGGAGCGUCCGAUUGAGGAUAGAUCGGAUAUUGUGAAGGAGUUAUAUUCAGAGCUGAACUUCGUAAAACCACAGAAAGGUUCAGUGAUGAGCAUUGGGAACGUGCUUUAUGUACUUUUCUUUGGCUGGUGGAUUUCUUUAGUUUAUGUUCUGGUUAGCUUGUUGAUGUUUUGCACCAUCAUUGGGAUUCCAUAUGGGAAACUGUGCUGGAAGUUGUCGGGUUACUUAUUUUGGCCCUUUGGGAAGGCAUUACAAAAGACUAGCAGCCUGGUACGGAGGUGCUGUAUUAAAUUUCCCAACUGUGAAGUCAUUCCAGAAGAGGCAGAUGACAGUCAGUCAACAGAGGUGAAAGAGUCCACUCCUCUGCUGCGCUCCCCUCCCCCCGUCGCUAUAGAUGUCCCAACGAGUGCUCCUUGUAGCCAGAAGAGACGUUACUGGUGUCGUGUAGGCACAUAUGUUUGGCUGGUGUUGGGCUACGUUCCUCUGGCCAUAGUUCAUUGCCUGGCCUGUAUCCUGUCCUGGAUAAUGGUCUUCACCAUCCCUGUGGCAAAGAUGAAUGCUAGGAUACUCAGCAUUGUCCUCCUCCUGCCCCCUGAGGAGAUCCAAAUUCGGCCUGUGAAGAAACUUCCAGGCUGUGAAACUAGAGUUCUCCUGUGCUGUUACCGUGCCUUUAACUGGUACUACUACAAGUACACUGUAGAUGGCAUCAAUGUCUUCGCUGUCAAUUUGUUGUCUCUGGUCAUUUUCACUCUGGUGAUUGGCUAUGUGGACAGAGACAAUUCUUUUGUCAGGUCCGAGGUGAAGUUUGCCACGGCUGUGUCCUCCAUCAUUCCUCUGUCUUACUACAUUGGCAUGGGCAUAGCAAGUAUCUCAGCUCAGAGUAACUUCGCUGUGGGAGCAGUAGUAAACGCCACAUUCGGUUCCAUUACUGAGAUGACCUUCUACAUCACUGCCCUGCUGCAAGGUCACCGGGCUGGGAGCAAGUGCUAUGGAGAGAUUGUUAAGGCGGCUCUGACGGGGACCCUGCUGGGCUGCAUCCUCUUUGUUCCGGGUCUCUGCAUGGUCGUUGGGGGCUUCAAGCACAGAGAGCAGAGAUUCAACAGCAGAUCGGCCGGGGUCAGCUCUGCCCUGCUCUUUAUUUCAGUAGGAGGUGUGUUUGCCCCUACUCUCUUCUCUAAAGCCUAUGGGAACCUGAUGUGCGAAGGCUGCAGUAAUCCCUCGGGGAAUAACAGCGGGCCGUUUUACUGCACAGAUUGCCACUAUGACCUGAGUGAGAACAACCACUCCCUGUAUCUGAGUCACAUUGAGCCUCUGGUGUAUACAGUCUCUGUCCUUCUGCCCGCUGCCUAUCUCAUCGGCCUGGUCUUCACGCUAAAGACCCACUCGCACAUCUACGACAUCCACGUCAGUGAUGGCCACGGCCAUGUGGCUAGUCAACAUAAUCCAGUGGUGCAUUGGUCCAGAUGGAGGGCUUUGGUGGUUCUAAUCGUGGCCACUAUACUGACGGCAGCCUGUGCAGACCUCACAACAGAGCACAUCAAACCCAUCAUCUCUCACUCCAGUGUCUCACAGUACUUCAUUGGAGUGACUGUGCUGGCCAUGGUUCCUGAGAUUCCAGAAAUUGUGAAUGGGAUCCAGUUUGCCCUGCAGAAUAACAUCAGUUUAAGCCUGGAAGUUGGAAACUGUAUUGCAGUACAAGUCUGCAUGCUUCAGAUUCCCCUCCUGAUCUUAUUCAAUGCUGUUUACGACGUUGGAUUUGUGCUCAUAUUCAGCGACUUGCACCUCUGGGCCAGCAUCUUCAGCGUCAUCCUGGCGAAUUACAUCUUUAUGGAUGGAAAGUCUGAUUAUUUCCAGGGAACAGCUCUGACGGUUGUCUACCUCAUCCUCCUGGCUUUGUACUUCUUCGCACCAUCCCCACUUGGCUGCUGA